AUGAAGACUAUUUUGUUAAUGCUUAUGACUUUUUCCUACGUUUUUGCAAACAUUUGUGUUAUGCCAUCGACAUUAACGUUACAAUUAAUAAUCGAGUAUGCUAAAUGGAGAUCGUGGGAUCAGAUAGUACUUUUUGAUAACCUCAGUCCCAAGAAUUGUGUCCUGAGAUAUGCUCGAUCUUUAAUGGCAUGCCUUGCUGAAAGUGGAAUCAGUGUGUCUAUUCAAUCAGCAACUAAUCCAAAUAUACCUGUAGCACUUACCAUAAAACGACAUCGAAUUGGUUCUAUAGUACUUUUGGAUGGAUUCAAUUUUACUACCCCGAAUAACGUAUUACAAGUGGCAUCGCAAAAAUUAUUAUUCAACUAUUACGUUUCUUGGUUUAUGAUUACGGCUAGAAACACAGACACCACCAUCGAUGGUGUUUUGAAGGAUCUCAAUAUAGGUAUUGACAGUGAUGUCGUAGUUGCAACUUCUUUACAUUCACAGGAUGUUAUGAGAGAAUUGACAUUGAAGUAUCGAAACAGAACGUGUUCGAGUCUCCGACAUUAUGGUCAUCCAGUGAACUUUCAAAAUUUAUCAGAACGACGAAAUCCCGAUAGAAUGAUGAAUCUGGAUUACAUAACUCGGGAAAAUCGAACGAUGUGUUAUCAUUUUUUACACGUUUACAAAAUUCGCAACAACGACAAUUCAAGUCUCGUCGUUUAUUCUCUUGGUCCUUGGUGUCCAGGUAUAGUUUUGUUAAAGAAUCCAAUAAGCGUUAAACUGAGAAAGGAUUUCAAAGGUUGGCCAAUCAUAUUUGGCGUUUUAAAUGGUACUAAUGAUGGUCAAACGGACAUUACCAACGAGUUCGAGGUCAAUGAUAUAGCACCACUUCUUGAUUUUGCUAAUUCUGUAAUCCACGAUUUGAAUGCUAGUAUGGAUUUGAUAGCUCAUGAUAAACUCGGUACCCUGACAAAUAAAGUCUGGAGCAAUCUUCUAGGUGACGUUGUAACUGGCAAUGUUGAUGCUGGAUUAGGAUACAUAACCAUCAAUGAUGAAAGAUUGGAAGAUAUGACGUUUAGUCAUCCUCUUAUUCGAUAUAUGAGAAAUGUUUAUUAUCAUCCUUUGGAAACUGGUACCAUGAGAGACAUAUUUCUCCAACCGUUCAAUGAUCGUUUACUUGGUUGCGUAGCAGCCACAUAUUUUCUCAUUUUACUUUCAAUGGGUACUAUCAUUUAUAUAGCUAAAAGAACUUUACAUCCCGAGGAAGAAAAAAAUGUUGGACUUGGUGAAGCAGCACUUUGGUGUAUGAGUAUCAUGUGCAUGCAAGGAUCACCUUGGAUACCAAAAAGUCCGUCAGGAAAAAUUCUCUUACUUUUUAGUCUAAUAUUUGCAUUGGUCACUUACAACGCAUACGCUGGUUUCAUAACAUCUAUAUUAUCCGUACAAGCUAGUGGAAUAAGAUCGAUCACUGAUCUUUUAUUUAAUAAUUUUAAAUUAGGUUACAGUAUCACGGACGACGAAUAUAUUCGGAACGUUAACGACAGUAAUCUUCGUCAACUAUACAUAAAAGCUUUUAACAGUCGUGAAUCUCGUUUGAGUGCGACAACUGGCCUCAUGAAAGCCUCACAGGAACGUUAUGGAUUUUUUGUUAGCGCAACAUUAGCACGUCGUGCUUUGCGUACAACAUUUAUUCAAGAAAGAUGUAGCCUUAAAGAACUUCCUUUGCCUCAGACGUUUGCCCUUGUCGCCUUACCAAUGGCCAAUACUUGUCCGUAUAAAAAAAUUAUCAAUUUAAGUAUUCUACGUAUACAAGAACACGGUGUACUUCGUAGAAUAGCUGAAAGAAUGUUGCCGGAAAUGCCAACGUGCAAAGCACCGACUACUUUUAACAGUGCAAGAUUUGCCGAUGUAUAUUCGGCUUUUUUAAUAUUGAUAGUUGGCCUAAUAACUGCUGUUUCCAUUGGUAUAUUCGAAAGAAUUUGGAAUAAGCGAAAGCAAAUGCAAGAGAGCAUAGUUCGCGGAUUUCGAGAACAUCAUUUUAUUCCUCAUAUGCCUCAUAUACAUUUUCAUUAUCCUCUUCGUCAUCAUCAUCAUCAUCAUCAUCAUCAACUUGAUCAUCAUCAUUCUCCUCCUCCACCCCCUUCUCAUAAUCCUAAUGAUCAUUCUCAUCGUCAACAUCUAAACGACCUUCGUUAUCAAGGUCACCAUCACAAUGACCAUUCCUAUCAACCUUAUUCUAUUAACGAUCAUUCGAAUAAACCAAUCACCACGGCUCCUUAUCUAAUCGAUUAUUCUAAUUUGGCUCAAAAAAAUAGCGAUAAUGUUAUAACAAUUAGAAAGAAAUCUAGCGAAGCAUCAUCUAACUUACCAACAAUUGUGAAGGGUCGUUCGUCUGCAACACGUUCAUCAUCCGUACGUAAACGGUCAGCCAAUGACAUGUCAAAAAAGGUUUCUUGGGUAUCGUUCGUCGGUAUAUCUCAAAAAAAAUCUACAAUACCAAUCGAUAAACAUAAGGUAUCGACUGAAAAUAUUGUUAAAACAGAAAACACCGAGAAAACGGACGAAACAAAAUUGGACGGUCUACCUUUUCGACUCUAA